UGCAGAGUAGACCUGUUGAUCACGAAGCUUCGGAAAAUGGCUGUUCUAAAGUACAAGAUCCAGCUACACAGCCACCUGACCACCGGCAUGCGUCAUGAGACCAUUUGGGAGCUGGCACAGCAAAAAGGCUUGGACUUAGGAUACAAGAGCGUGGAAGACAUCCAAGAAAAGACGAGACUGAAAGAAGGCACCACGCUCGCCAAUUACCUGAAGGAAAUCUUCGUCUUUACCAAGGUUGUAGUCGGUGACCGGGACGCCAUGGAGCGAGUGGCGUACGAGGAGGCCAUCGACCAGGCAGCGGAGGGCGUGCUGUACAGCGAGAUGUUGCUGUGCCCUCAACCGCUGGCCUCCUCGAGCGUCGCACAACGGUGGCAAGGGAUGCCGGAAAGCAUGGUCAGCGUCAGGGACGUGCUGGACGCAGCACUGCGAGGACUGCGCAAGGCGGAGCUGGCGACGGGCGCGAAGUUCAGGAUCGUCCUGUCUUGCACUCGUGGCAGGCCCGACUGGGCUCCAGAGGUUCUGGAGCUCUGCCGGGAGUACCGCGACCGAGGCGUGGUCGGCAUCGACGUCUGCGGCGUGGUCGGUCUCGAAGAUGCACAGUCGAUGCAAGUAGGCCCGGACGCUAGGGAGUACGGUGAAGAGUUCACGGAUCCCCGGAUCAUCGACACUUUCCAGCGUGCUGUUUCUUACGGCGUACACCGGACCGUUCACGCGGCUGAGGCGGGGCCUCCGGCCACUCUGCUGCGGGCCGUUCGGGAACUUCACGCAGAACGCAUCGGUCACGGUUACCGGGCGGUCGCUGAAGGAGGCGACGCCUAUCGGCAAGCGUUGGCCGCCGGGGUCCACUUCGAGUGCUGCCCGACCAGCAGCUACCUUACUGGCAGCGUGGAUCGCAACGCAGCAGAACACCCCAUACUGAGGCUAAAGCGUGACGGCGCAAGUUUCUCGCUGAACACCGACAACCCGGCGAUCACGCACACAACACUGAACGACGAGUACCAGCUGGCGCUGAAGCUCGGACUCACGCCCGACGACAUUCUGCGAUGCAAUCGCUCGGCCAUAUCCGCCAGUUUUCUACCCGACGUCGAGAAAUGGGAACUGGAGCAAAAGUUCAACCGACUCAUCUGUUCGGACUCGGCGAAUGCUUAGGAUGACAUUCUUCGCUUGCUCUGUGCAAUUAAAACAGUAAUAAAUUCACACGGAGUCAACGUCCCCA